AGCACGCAACACUAGAGGCUUGUCGGACUCAGCAACGCCAUUCAAGUAGAAAGGCAAGCUCUAUUGCGAGGAUCUGACUAAGACUGCCCGAUAGACCGGGAGCGUCUUGUAAUAAGAACCGUGUGCUGGGGUGAUACUGGGGUCAUAGCACUCUGUUCAACAUGAUGAGCGUCAGACCCAUCUUAGUUGUCGCGGGUGUAGGGAACGCUGCAGGCACGGGAGCUGCUACUGCGCGGGUAUUCUCCAAGGCUGGCUACCGUGUCGCCCUGCUCGCUCGCAACGCAGACAGCCUCAACAACCUUGCAUCCCAGCUGACCAAAGCAGGCGGAGAGGCUCACCCGUUUGCUCUGUCAUCUUACGCACCUCAGGCUAUCCGCGAUGCCUUCGCCUCUAUCCGGAAACAAUGGCCCAAAGAGCAGGGCAACGAGAUCCGAGCAGCCCUUUGGAAUACAGCUGCCGCGGUGUGGAAGCCAUUCCUAGAAGUCACAGACGAGGAAGUCAAGGAGAGCCUCGAUGUGAACGUUGCGGCCGCGUUUGCGUUCUCGAGAGAGGCAAUCCUGGAAUUCAAGAAUAAUGAUCUAAACGAUUUGGGUAAACGAGGAACCCUCAUCUUCACCGGAGCUACGGCGUCCACUCGGGGAAACGUGACUACUUCCGCAUUCGCAGUCGGCAAGUUCGGACUGCGCGCUCUAUCACAGAGUCUUGCCAAGGAAUUUGGUAAAGAGAAUAUCCAUGUAAACCAGGCAAUUAUCGACGGUCCCAUCCUAACGGAUCGCCAGCGAGCACGGCAUGACGCGACCUGGGAGGCGGACGAGAACGUCCGGCUCGAUCCCGAGAGCAUCGCCAAGUCCUACCUCUACCUGGCGAAUCAGGAUCGCAGUGCGCUCACUUGGGAGCUGGACCUCCGUCCAGCGCAUGAGAAGUGGUAGGCGGGGGUUAGGGCCAAGGUGCCGGCGGCGGUGGGAUGGCUGUGAGUAUCAUCAACCAAAGAUAUGAUUUGAGCUGGGUGCGAUAUCAAGUCUGGGAACCUCGUGUGUUGGGUGGUGAACAAAACCAAUGUGUAUGUAAGAAUAGGAAGAUUUCGGUGCCCAUCGCGCUUGAUACCUCCAAAUAGCUAUCAUCCACAAACCCCCCCAAAG